CGUCAGCGAAACUCGCGGUUUCUUACUUCAGUCUUUUUUUAGAAUUUCUGUUCCACCGGCGGAGCAAAUUUGGACGGAACUCCUCUAUGGCAACGGCGAGCUCCUCUGCGUCGGCGGAGACGAAGCUGAAUCUUGUGAAAGAGAUUAGGACGCACGAAGUUGCAGUGGCAGAGCUCGGCCAUCUUCCUGCCUCUCGACCUGUCUACCAGAAGACUGGAAACCUCUUUUUCCGUACAACCAUUCAGAAAGCAACAGCCUCCGAGCAAAAACUACUUGAUUCAGCCAAAGCUAAGCUGGGCAAGCUCAACUCCUCUUGAUUCUGUGAUCAUUCCCCCUUCUUUGAAUCUCGAAUAUGGUCUACCGGUCCUUGCUGGCUGCUGAAUUUUCGAUGGUAAUGAUUGGAGGGAAGAGUUCUGCAGAUGUGGGAUAAGAUUGAUGUAAGGCUGGAAGCCUGGAAGACCAAAAAGUUCAGACUAUGGCUGCUACCAAAAGUGGGAUAAGAUUAAUGUACGAACAUUCAUUUCCCUUAGGCUGACAGAUAAUGGUCUGAAUUUGACUGCUAUUACUAUGUCUACCUGGAUUCUUGUGUAAAACAGUCUCUUUAGUUUAUCGAAUUAACUAAUGAUUCCUGUAGCAAAUCCUGAUCCUGCUGCAUUUACUCUUUAAGGGUUGAACAUACUUUUAUCAAACAGGUAGAGGUGAUCGACUCUAAUUCCACCUUCAAAUCAGGUACCAUUUCUCGCCUCUACAUUACCGUGGAAUCGUACUACUACUACAUGUCGAUAUGGAACAAUUCAACGAUAUAAGUACGUAUAAUGGCCCUAUAGUAGCCCGAUUGAUUACCAUUGUGCCUUUUCUGUCCCUUAAAAGGCCAGUUUCAUCUCUUCGUGGCCUGGCUAGAAAGCCAGCACAGGUAAAUGAUAGACUGCCGAUCCCAAUCAUGCCUCCAUUAGAAGCUGACAAACUUCUUAUUAAGGCAGUUCGGAGAUAGGACAGGCAAUAAUGCUGCAGCCUCCGAACCUCCUCAAAGUUGGACUCAACUGAGAAUUUCUGUCCUUUGCCUUAGAUUUUACACAGCCAUCGCCGAGCAAAUUAAAUGCAGUGCUGAGUAUUGUUUCAUCUACAUUAGUUUGCAUGAUAUCAUUAUUGUAGCUCUUCAGGCCGGACACAUGUGAUGUGGAGCGUAUAUCAUCAAUAAGAUUCUGCUGCAGAUCGAUAAUGUCCAUGAUUAAUGCUAAUCUUUGAUGAUAAGAUGCUGACAGAUGGGUGAAUAAAUCAAAGAGCACUCAUCAACUAUUGAGGGUGCUUAAUGAAGAAUGAUCAACCCUAGUUGUUUCUUUUAAGGAUCGUGGCAUUAGGUUAUUGAUUAGGUUAUUUCAAACGACGAAGCUUAAUGGUGAAGUAUGUAUAUAUCGGGAGAAAAUAGCAUCACAAAUACAUUAUUGAGCAAAGUUAGUUCGGUAUCUGAGAAAUGCAAUAUAUAGGGUGAUUAAAUCUUUCAAAAAUGUAAAAUUCAAUAUUAUCAUCACGAUAUUCUAAACGAUAUAUCAUUGAACUUUUUUUCCAAGUUCUGUCAUCCUUUCUUCCCUUAUAUAAUAACUUUGUUUUCAAACCAACUUAUAACUAAACUUUGAGAAUGUUUAUUUGUAUUGUGUUGAAACACAAUUUAAAACUCGUUUCCUAUCAUCACUUAUUUAUAAUGUAUACAAACAUUUUUCAUGGUUUGCCAUCACAAAUCUCAUCACAAAGCCCUGAAAAAUCAAGCCAUUAAAACGUGCAAUUGACUGUAUAAAUUCUUCCACUUUGGAGAGUCUUGUGGCAUUCAACCCCCAAAAAUGACCAUGACCUCAAACCAGUCAAUUACCACAUGCCUUCUUCCCACCCAAAAGAAAAAAAGAGCAAAGAAAUUAAUUAAAAAGACGCGGUUUCAAAGACUUUCCCUCCAUCAGAAGCACAGCUGUUCAUGUCUGCUCUCUCAGGGUCUUAUUAUUUUUAUUCAAUUUGGGCAUACAGUAAUUAUAAUUAAUAUAUGAUUUUCUAUGUA